GGUUGACCAAUUAAAUAGGAAAUCAGCAUAGUUGUAAGAACCAGAAACAAAGAAAUGAACUAGAAACGAGGAAUUCACUUGAUCUCAUUUGUUCCAAGGAUGAUCCAAUUGUACUGGGAAUGUCCCAUUUCUAAAUUUUAAGAUCCAGGAAUGCAAUCAGAUUUUUAUUGAUGUACAGAUGCGAGGGAAAAAGGCAAGGAUAGGCUAUAUUUGAUUUUAGUUCUUUUUUAUUGAUCAUGGAUCCUCCACCUACCGAUGGCGGAAUUGAAAGAGAUAACUUCGAAGAAGUUAAAGAGGGAGGUCCUAUGCACCAUUGCAAUCUUUUUGAUGCAGAAGUGACCCACAAGAUAGCAGAAGCUUUUCUUCCCGGUUUAGCAUCAGCAUGUAUUGACAACACACUUGGGGGUCUGUUCAAAAGCCCUGGAUCAGUUGCCGUUGCAAUUAGAAAAGAGAUGGUGGACGCACUAAUUCAGAGAAGUGAGACUUUCGUUGCAGAGGCUGUGGUGUUAGAAGGUGAAGCAGAAACUGAAGUGCCUGAACAUCCUUUUGAUAUUAUUUCGGAUUUCAUCGAUGAUUUUGCAAGUUCAAAAAAUAACUUCUUUAGCAGGGUCUCUGGGUGGAUGCUGAGUGAUAUGAGGGAAGAUAAAAUAGAUGAGUUUGCUCAAGAAAUGGAAAUUAACGGGUUUUGGAUGAUUGAUAGAAGGGAAAGUGUUGCCCAAACUCUGCUUAAGAAUGUUGAUUUUAAGGAUGCUUUUCAUUGCAACAAGAAGUUCAACACAGCAGACGAGCUUGUGGAGCAUUUACCACAAUGCCGGUUUAGGACUAUUCACUGUCCAAAUGAGGGUUGUGAUGACCAGUUCAGUGCUGGUAACUCGGAAAUCCAUGAUGCAGUUUGCCCCUUCAAAAUGCUUCCAUGCGAGCAGAAUUGCUCAGAAAUCCUAAUGAGGCGUGACAUGGACAGGCAUUGCAUCACUGAUUGCCCAAUGAAGCAUGUCAGUUGUCCGUUUUCUUCGAUAGGCUGUGCAUCUUCUAUUCCUCGGGCUAGGCUUGAACAACACAAAUUGGAGAAUGUGCGUGAUCAUGUGCUUAGCAUUUUACAGAGCAUCCACAAAAAAGCGUCAACAGAGGAUCUGAAGCACAGGGUGGAUCAACUUAUAGAGUUAUCUUCACCUGAACAAUUAGCAAAACCUCAGAAUGUGCGACCUUUAACUACUUUGAUCAAGAAUCUUGAAGCAAAGCUUGGUCCCCUAGAAGUUAUGCCAAAAACUACCAGCUCUGAAGAGAUUCCAUCACAGAAUGAAGGAUCUACAGAUUCACCAAAAACAAAGGAAGAACACGUGGAGUCAUCAAACACAAUGGAAGUGCGCACACAACCCCCGCCAGAAAAUAAGACCAAUGAUUCACCUAUUAAACAUAUAGACUCGCCACAAAGCAGCACCAUGCAUUCACCUGCCAGAACAGAAGAAUUUGAAGAUUCACCCACUAAAGGCAGCUCCAUGCAGUCACCUGCCAAAGAACAACACUUGGCAGGGUCAUCAGAUGGAAAUGAUGAUCAAGGAAAAAAUAAUGAGCUUAUGGAUUCACCCACAAAAGACAGGACUAGGGAGUUGCCAGCUGAAGAAAAACACCCAGUUGAGUCUUCUGUUGUUGCAGAACACGUCCCUGCAGCCAAAUCUGAAGAGCACAAUGUAUCUUUAGAUAGAGAAUCCCCUUCUGCAAAUGAUCUCUCUACCGGUCAAGCAAAAAUGGAUAUACCUAUGGAUUCAGCUAAAAACGACAGUACUAGAGAGUCACCAGCCGAAGAAUACCCAGUUGACUCAUCCACUGUUGCGAAAGACCUCGCUGACUCUCCAACCAAAAUUGAGGAGCACAAGGAAUCUUCAGAAAGAUCAUCACUUUCUGGAAAUGAUAUUUCUACCAGUCCAGCAAAAAAGGAUGAAGUUGAAAAUAAAGAUCUCUCUGACCCUCCAGCCAAAUCUGAGGUAUAAAUUUAUCUCCCAACGAUCAAGAACAUGAUGAGUAGCUUGUCAGAAGAGAUGAAGGCAAGAAGGAAGCGCAAAAGGCAUCCACUGCCCAAAUAGAAUAGCACAGGAAAACGCCUAUCAACAUAGAAUAGUUUGAUGGCUCACCCAGGCAGAACGAAGAACUACUGCCUGAAACGAGAAUACAUGUACAGUCUUUGUCUUUGUCAUCGCCAGUGGAAGCUAAAGCUAAUUUUCCAUAACAUGUCCUUGAAAGAGAUUUUUUCUUAGUUUCGGAUGCUAGAACUGUAACUUAUUCAUUCAUAACUUUGAUUUGCCAACUACUUAAUGCAUGAGAAGCCUUCUGGACUUAAGUGUGA